CUACACUUGCAAGUUACAGCGCAAUAAAGGAGCCAUGGGCUCCCCAGCUCAUUCCCCGUCCACACUGGUUCUCCACCUUGGCGAAUGGAAUAACGUUUGCUGCGCCCUCCCUGGAGCACUGUGGUGCCAGUGUGGACGACCUGUCCUGUUAAUGCGCUCUGAUCGGCCUCCAGAAGUGUCCCACAAUGCCUGUUCUAGCCUCUCUGGUCAUCACUUUGAACUGUACUGCCCUCAGGUGAUCAACCAUCAGACCCGCCCUUUAAAUUCUCUGGGAAUUUUGAAAAUCCCCUUCCUGUUUGCUCAGCUAGGCGUGGAGUGUCCUCAGCGAAUCUUUCCAGGUGACCACACCUCCACGCACCAGGCGAUCCCCAGUAUGGAGCAAUGGCGAGGUGCUGGACCUCAUCAGUGUUUGAGGGGAGGAAGCUGUCCAGUCCCAGCUGCGCUACAGCCGUAGGAAUUACGAUACCUAUGGGCAGAUAUCAAGGGACAUGACAGAAAGGGGCCAUGACCAGGACGCUCUGCAGUGCAAGGUUAAAGUAAAGGAAUUGCGGAAUGCCUACCGCAAAGCCCGUGAGGCAAAUAACUGCUCCGGUGCUGCCCCCACAACCUGCCGUUUCUGCAAAGAGCUGGAUGUGAUACUUGGGGGUGACCCCACCUCCAUUCUGAGUACCACUGUGGACACUUCAGAGCCCAGUUCAACAAGACAGGAGGAGGAGCAAAGCAGGAGCGAGUGUGCUGAGGCGGAGGAAGGCACCCCAGAAUCCCUAGAUGCAUGCAGCCAGGAGCUGUUCUCAAGCCAGGAGGAAGGUAGCCAGUCGCGGCAGCCAGCGCUUGGGGAAGGACAAACACCAGAGGAGGUUCCCGAUGCAACCUUGAGAUCUCAGCCGUCCAUGUUAUCACCGGCUGAAAGACUCCAAAGAAUCAGAAAGAGGCCACGUAGAAGCAAGGAAGACAUGUUGCAUGAAGUAAUGCAGCAUUCAAGUAAUGAAAAUCAAAAAGUGCAGGAGUGGCAGGAGAGUAAAAGGAGGAUCCGCCAGCAGAACGAGGAGUGCUGGCAUAAAAGCAUGGUGCUCCGGCAGCAAAGCAUGGAUCGGCUGAUAAGCAUAAUGGAGCACCAAGCAGACUCUAUCCAGGCGCUCGUAGCCAUGCAGGAGGAGCAUUAUCGCGCCCCCCUCCCCCCUGCAGCCCUUGUCCCAAAACUUUCCCUUGUGCCCCCAUUUCGCCUCCAACCCACUUUCCCCAACAUCCGGGUUCUUACUGCCAACACCUGUAGCUUCACCACCCAGCCCUGAAAACUAUGACCCUUACCCACUGCACUCAACCCCCAUCACCAUGCAGUAUAGCCAUCCUGAAGUGCAGCACUCAUUGCACAGCACUCCAGACAGGACAUACGCAAAUCUGUGAUCGUACCAUAC